AUGACAGAGCGCUCAAAGGCCCGACGAGCGCACACCAAAUCUAGGAAUGGCUGCCAGCGUUGCAAAGCGCGUAAAGUUAAGUGCGAUGAGACAAGGCCACACUGCCGCAACUGUGUCAAACAUGCGAUUGAUUGCUUCUAUUCCCAAAAGAGAAUCAACGAAUCGAGUACAACCGCUACAUCCAUUCCACCAUUGGCGGAUACUCUGUCAACAGAUGGCUCGCCCUCUGUCCCGACAGACCUUACUGAUCCAAAGAUCAGAAUUAUCCCUAGGCCAUACACCGACUUGGAAAUUGGAAUGGCAGACUUGGAGCUCCUCCAUCAUUACUCAACAUCCGCAUGCUAUACGAUUUCCCGCCUCCCAGUGCUCCAAGCAGUAUGGCGAAUCAAAGUUCCCCAGUUUGGAUUCUCUUUUCCAUUUGUCAUGCGUGGUAUUUUGGCAUUUUCAGCUCUGCAUCUGGCUCACUUGAGGCCGGAGCGUCGUGCACAUUAUGUUGCGCAAGCCGAGUUUCAUCAUACCCAAGCUCUGCAGGCGGUCUCUGCUAUUAUCCCAAAUAUGAGUGAGGAAAAUGCCCCAGCAAUAUAUCUGAUAUCAUCCAUCACAUGUCUGAUAUCUUGUGCUAAGCCACGACUACCGCAUGAACUGUGGAUAAUCGGUGACAGGGAUAUCGAGUGGUUGUCCUUAUUUCGUGGAACCGCCUUCAUUAUAUCCGCAGCAGAAGAGACUAUCAAGUUUGGAGUUCUCUCUCCAAUCUUCAAGAAUGGGAACAUGCGAAGCCGCGCGCGGAAUGGCAGAUCGACAACAAAGUUGACUUAUCUGAACGAAUUGCGACAGUUUGUUACCGAUCACGUGCUGGAUACGGGAGAAAUCCAUUGCUAUCUUGACGCCAUUGAUGAUAUGGGCAAGUCAUUUGCCACCGUGGAAGAAGAGGGAUCUCAAAAUUGCCAGCCGGCUGAUGUGUUUGUCUGGCCUUUGCAAAUAUCUAAUGAAUAUCUGAAUCUUCUUCGCCAACGGAAGCCUGAAGCCUUAGUUAUCUUCUCAUAUUUUUGCGUCAUCACUCAUCAUCUUGAAUGGGCGUGGUGGAUGCAAGGCUUGAGCAUUCACAUGAUACGAAGCAUCUAUCAUUGUCUAGAUGACCAGUAUCGCUGCUGGAUACAGUGGCCGAUGGAGCAACUAGGCUGGGCCCCCUAA